AUGAAUGCGGUGCUGAUACUCUUUCUGGUAGCGACCAUAGUGAUCUGUAUUCGCGGCCUUAUGGAUUAUGGAUUCACGCUGGACUCAAUUCCCAAUUUCUUGCUUAUUAUUAUGCUCCUCAUCGUUUCAAUCAUCAUCGUAUUUGCUAUUACAACCGAACGAAAACCAUUCAUUAUGCCGCUGAUUGGACUUCUUGUUAGUUAA